AUGGCAGCUCAUGCUAGCGAGCUGGAGAUUGCAAAGAAAAAUUUAACUGAUGCAAUUGGCGAUAACGUCAAACACUAUUGGGCAAACCUGAAGUUAUGGUUCAAACAGAAGAUCAGCAAGGAAGAAUUUGACAUUGAGGCACGUCGUCUGUUGGCGCAGGAAAAUGUCCAUUUUCACAAUGAUUUCCUCCUGGCCAUUUUAACGCGGUGCCAGAUCAUUGUCUCUACACCAGAGGGCGCUCCAUUACAAUGGCAAAGUGGCCCUGCUUCAAAGCCUGGCAAACCAAAAGGAAAGAAGAAAAGUUCCUCAAGACAAAAAUUUGAUCACCGUUUUCAGCCUCAGAACCCCCUGACUGCUGCUCAGCCAUUCAGCCCACGGGAGGUUGGAGGAGAGGAGGAAGAGCUGCGUCUUAGUGCACACACUUUGCUGCUCCCGACACGAGGUCAGCUCGAGGCUCGUAUGAUGGUGACGGCCUUUGAGCUGGGGUUGGAUAACAUCACAGAAGAUGCUGUCAGCACCAUGAUUUAUGCCGUUGAGCACCACUUGAAAGAUGUCCUGACUGCUGUAAUCACUCGGAGGAAAGCUUACCGCUUACGAGAUGGCCACUUUCCCUAUGCUUUUGGCUGCGACGUCACUCCACAGCCGUAUUUGAAGAACAGCCUCGCUGCUUACCACAGUGUCACUGAAUGUCCUCCUCCUAGUGCUUCUCUCCCUGCUGGCCCACCACCUCAAGUGUCACCUGAUGAAGCAGAACAGCAAGCUGUUCACUUAUUGGCUUGUUCUGCUGACAGUCUCCCAGCACCUCUCCCUCCAAUUAGCAUGUUUGACCUUCUUGAGGCUUUACAGGUUCACCACGGUGUGAUGCCCUCUCACACUAUGUAUGCCCUCAACAUGGAGCGCAUUCUGUCACGGCUCUGGCACCCGAGCCACGAAGAACUCGAGCAGGAUCAUGUACACCGGCAACGCCUCGCUGCAAAGGACGGUGUACUCGUCAGCUGAGAUUCACUAAUAUGGACUGAGGGUAUUCUCUGGAAUCAAACACAAAAACAAUCCCCAAAUGGAAAUGGGUCAUAAAAACCUGAAGACCUUAUAAGUCCCUGUUGUGCAUUAAGAUGAAGGAUGCAGCAAGAUGAAACAAAACAGUUGGACGAAGGCCACAGCAUGAACAGUCAACUUCAGCUAGCAGCCAAUAGAUCACAAAUUAUCAGUAUAGCUUUUUUUUCUCUUUUGCUUAUUCAACUAUGUGGAGCUUGAGGGGUUUGUACAGCUCAUGCAAAUUCCCUAUGACGUGAUUAGAAUGAAAAUAUAAUACCCACUACCACUAUUCUACAGCAUUGUGUCUUUAACCAUAGAUAAAAACUGACCGAAGACAAGUGUUCUGCACAAUUUUUUUUGCAAUAUUGGCUGAAUUUAAUUUCGUCUGGUGAUUAGAUCUCUAACCAGCAAUGUUUGGAAUUAAAAUAAAGUAGGUCGUUUAACAAACAUCAAGUCAGAAACAAUGUUCUGACUUGAAGUGCUAUAGAGAUGUCAAUCAAGCAGCAUGUGUACAGGUCCAAACAGAAAAACUCGUAAUGCGUAAUAAGUGAAAUCACCUGUGCAGGGUCUUUCGAAAUCAUCACACAUUACUGCCUCUUGUGAUAUUCAACUCAUACCACAAGAGGCAGCAAGUAUUCUGUAAAUCUUCAUCUGAUUAAGCCCUAUGAGUUGACUGACUGCUGCUGGUGAAAGGAGGAAAGCUUUUUUUUUUUUUUAACCGUCUCAGUACAUUUGGAUAUUCUGUUCAACAUGUUUGUGUUGUGUUUAUAGUUGAGGAUAACUUGUAAAUUUGUAUUUGUCCUUUUUCUACACAGAUCUUGUUUUGUAAAUUAUAUUGCAAACCUUGAUAAUAAACUUUUUUUUUUUUUUUUUUGGU